CUGUUCUCAAUGUCAGAGGAAAAUGGUUUGUGCGCAUGCGCAGUUACAUUUCGUAACUCUAUGGCAAAGCAGAAGGGCCAAAUGUGGUGAAUGUGGCGUUUUUCUUUUGUAGUUUUCGUCUUAGCUUAUAAACAACAUAUUUGAAUAUUUUACAAUACAGAACCAAAUAUAUGUGUCUAUUCGCUUAAUUCUUGUUUUUAACAUUAUAAAUGUGUGAGCACUGAAUUCAAGCUCAUUCAGGAUGAGGAACUAGUUUCGAUGGCAGCUCGAGCCUUCAGGAAUUAUUUUGUUGUUGGACAGAGAUGGAGACUCGCGUUCCCCAUGUGGAUUCAGAGGAAAAUGAAGAUCCAGGAGCCGCUCCUUAUGGAAACUUCAUCAAUUAUUACAGCUUCAACCCACCAGAGAAUCGCUUAGGUUUGAUACCAGAAGCGCUGCUUGAAAACAUCGGAUUCGGUUCUGAACGUGUUUUAAUGCUGGAUGUGGGAUGUAACUCAGGGGACUUGUCCAUUGCUCUGUAUAAGCAUUUACUGCACAAGGAGGCCUCUGGAAGUGACUCUCCUAAAAGAGAACUGUAUCUGCUUGGAUUUGACCUGGACCAAGAUUUAAUCCUUCGGGCACAAAACUCCAACCCCUUUCCCCAGAAUAUCCAGUUCAUCCCCCUGGAUAUCACAGAUGAUCAAGAGAGCCGGACAGUGCUAGAGUCAUAUUUGGGAAAGUUUGGCUGCCCUCGUUUCCACCUGUGCACCUGUUUUGCGGUGACUAUGUGGGUGCAUCUGAAUCACGGAGACGCUGCGUUUCUGUCUCUCCUCUCCAGACUGGCGUCUCUCUGUGAGUAUCUGCUGCUGGAGGCGCAGCCGUGGAAGUGUUACCGCUCUGCUGCACGCCGCUUACGCAAACUGGGGCGCAGCGACUUUGAACACUUCAAGGCCCUUGAGAUUCGUGGGGACAUGGCUGCGCAUGCUAGAGAGCACUUAGAAAAGCAGUGCAGCAUGGAGCUGGUGCAGAGUUUCGGUAAUACAACAUGGGACAGAAGUCUUCUGCUCUUCAGAAGACGAUAAUAAAGAGCAACACAAUCAGAUAGAUAUUUCAGUCAUGUGCGUAUGCUGCUGACUGACUCUAAUCCUAGUCUGAUACUCCGAGUCACUACAAUUCUUUGUAAUUCUAGUUACUGAACACAAGGGGGCACUAGUGAUUUUUGCUUUUGCAAUGAGUUUGUUUUUUAAUGUUUUUUUAUUUUUUGUAUGUCUGAUGUACAGUGGCAAUUAAGACUUGGAUAAUUAAGUUAGAUUAAAAAUAGCAUAAAUACUUUAAUUUAAUAAAUGCUAUACUCCACA